AUUGCUUGUUCAUCUUAAUCCCCAAACUCAGCAUCGACUGCCAAUAUAAUCAUUCUCUGCGACCGUUUGAUUUCUGCCCCGAUCUACCCACCUCUAUUGCUCGUUGUCGCCGCCUGCCUGAAAUAGCAGUGGCCUCUGCUGCUGGAUGUGCGACAAUUCUCAGGGUUACCUCUGAACAUCUCGGAACCUCUAACCCUCAUCGCAUUGACAUCAGCUGCUACGAUCUCUCUCGGCUGGUCUAAACUGCCGAGCUUUGGCCAGAGCCGCUGACCCAUUGGUGGUUUUGCCUUGUUCGUCCGUCCGCAUAGCGCAAUCCAGGUCCUAUUCGCUGGGCGAUGUCGCAGCAUUUGCAAUCCAGAGAUGGACCCUCUGAUACCUACAACUUUCCAGUCCAGGACAGCCCCACAGUAGGACGAGCACUACCUCAGUCUUCAGCAGGCAAUCCUCAAGGGAGUCCCUCGUCGUUAUCGGAUACUGGUUAUAGGACGCAUCACAAGACGACCCCGAGUCCGUUACAGACGAGCACGUCUGCAAACCCGAACCACGCAACUACGAUGCCUACGAAGUCUGCCUUCUCGAGACCGUCAGUUGAAGACCAGUCGCGCACGGUAGAAACGGUGCGGUAUAUGUCUCGGAGAGGAGACGAGCCUCGAUCCCCCAAAGAACGUCUAGACGACCUACUGGCCUCUGAAAAGAGUUUCUACGACUCCGAAGACGCGCCAACAAGUCAUACACAAGCAGGAGGAAGACCUAGACCUGUGCACUCUCCGACUUCAUCGAAUGCUUCCUCGAGAAGUGUCUCCGACUCAACCUCCACGGCGAAGCUAGGUGGACGCUCAACUGCUGCGACACCCCCUCACAUGGCUGCCGUUCCCGAGCAUCGAGCAACAAUGGCGCGCGGAGUCCCCCGAACGUCGUCAAUCGACUCUGCGAUCUCCUCCAUAUCAGGGGCGCAUUCACACAAGGCGUCGCAAGAUGCGCAGGCUCGCGGAGAGUCGCCGGAUAUCGCGAACUUAAUACAAACGGCCGGAUCUCCCGAGGCAGUCAUUCAGUAUCUCCUCAAGGAGAAGCAGUCUCAGACGGCGCAAAAUACACAGCUAUGGCGGCUAGUUGACAAGCAAAGGGCGAUGAUACUGGGCCUGAACAAGGAUCUGGAGCGUGCGCUGAGGGACAAGGAGCGCUACCGCAAGGAGAUGAAGGAAAGCCUGCAGGCAGUCAGAGCAGGCAAGCCCAGCAAGGGUUCCGUUGCCGAGAGCUCUGCCGGCAAGUCUUCUCCAAGCCCACGAAGCCCGGAGGGACCGAAGGGCGGAAAUGUAGGAGCAUUUGUUUCUGCGGGGCUGAGGGAGUCUCACGAGGGUCACGACGAGCCAGAGCAUUCGCCAAUUGACGUUGCUUUGGCGCCGUACCCCGUUACACCACCAGCAAACCUGCCAAGCGCACAGAACCCGACUCUACCUAACAUGGUAGAUGCCGAGCACAAGAUGCCAGACCCUUCGUCACAUGCCCUGAAUAAUUACAAUGCCGAUGCGCAACCCCAGGGCUUCGGGUCGGGUCAGCAGCAACGCAAGAGCCCCGAGAUGGGUCGCGAGAUGCCAUAUAACGCUUCAGUGCCACCUUCAAGAAGCCUCCCAGCCAGGCCACCUCCGAAGACAGACACCAAGGCCGGACCUAGUUCAAUGCAAGCCCCAACGCUCAAUGUAGUAAGCGCCUCUCCAGUGAAAGACCAAGGGCGAGCAAACAUGCCGCCUCCACGGAAACCCCCGCCAGCACCGCUGAAUCUUGGCAAGCAGCCAAAUACCAGCUCGCAUUUGCACCAGGCAGAUUCGGGGGAUGAGCUCGAUUCCGACUACGACGAUUUGCUGGAGGUUGACGAAAUCCCCACUUUCAAUGACAGAGGGCGCCGGAAGACGAGGGAGGAAGACGAUAGAGAGAGGGAAAUAGCUGCUAUGAAAGACGCGGAAGCGAGAAGCCUGUCUAAGAAGAGCAAGUCGAGACCUUCUACAUCUACGAACAAAGAGCCGCCCCAGGAUCCUUUGCCAGCUAUCCGACAGGCCGUACAGAUCAGCCCACCAGACAUGCGUGAAAGGCACUUGUCUCCACCAGACUCGAAUGCAGGCUCUCUAGCCGGCAUCUUAAACUCGUCAAGCAGUUCUGAAAUGCAGCCGGAGACCAUAACUCGAACUUUCAUCUCUCCGCCACCGAUGAGCCCAGGGCUUCCUUCAAGCCCGAGGCCGAUGGGAGGUCUGUAUAUGGCACUGCCACGGAACCCACGUGAUGGAGACUCGCAGUCUUCUUUCAAUAUGGCGUCUCCACCGUUAUCACCAAGAGGAAUUGGAGCGUUCCCGUCGAUGCCCCUAUCUCCUCGAGCACCUCGACAGCCGAUCCCUCUUCCACCAAACACGCCAAUGUCGAUGGCAUCGCCAGACAUAUUGUCAAAGUUUGGCCAGAUGGAACUGGUGUCACCAAAGCCGUUGCAAAUCACGAAACUUGCGGUGGAAGAACAGGAUCCACCGUUGAAUGAGAACCGAUACAACAGCCUCUCGGAAUCCUCAGACUCUGUUGAAAUUUUCCGAGGAUUUGUCACGGAUGAAUAUCCGGAUCUCCUCUUACCUCCCAACGCACUUCCUUCCAUCGACGUUCGAGUCGCAUCUUCUCGAUUGAAGCCAUCUCGGGUGAGCAUGAUGUUCCCAAGUAAGGGGGACGAAGACCCGGUUUUCACGCUUGCUGUAUUUGGCAGAUCUAACGGGCAAGAGCUGUGGAGAGUGGAGAAAGACUCGACAUCCCUACACCAGCUUGACCAGGAGCUCAAGAAGUCGAACGCCUUCAGCAGCGUUAGACUUCCCGAGAAAUCUUUGUUCAAUGGGCACGCCCCCGCUAAGAUUGAUGCUCGGAGAACUGCUCUCGACAAGUAUGUUGAUGACAUUUUGAACACACCCAUGGACACGGCGCGGGCGCUGCAUAUUUGCCAGUACCUGUCGACUAAUACACUGGAACCAAACUCGGAUUCAUUGGCCCAUACUGACGCCAAGAGCGAGAGCCCAACUAAGAUGGGACCAGGCGGUAGGCCCGUUAAGAAUGGAUACCUCACGAAGAGAGGCAAGAACUUCGGUGGCUGGAAAGCACGAUUCUUCGUCCUGGAUGGAUCUAUUCUUAAAUAUUACGAGGCUCCUGGUGGCGCCCAUCUCGGCGCGAUCAAGCUGCAGGCCUCCAAAAUUGGCAAGCAGCAGCAACAUCAGCAAGACAGUCAGACAGACGAUGCCGAUAACCAGUAUCGACAUGCUUUCCUGAUCCUCGAACGGAAACGAAAAGACUCUUCGAGCCUAGUCAGGCAUGUUCUCUGCGCGGAAAGUGACCAGGAGCGUGAUGAGUGGGUAGAGGCCCUCGUACAAUAUGUCGAGUAUCAAGAUUCUGAAGAUGAGGGGCCUGAAACGGUUCACCACGCUCGCAAUGACUCUGGGACUUCCAGUCACACUACCGGCUCAACUUCUAAGAAGAAGCAUGUUCAAGCAAAGGGGCAAACCAUAGCUGAAGCAGAUGAUGAACUUCUGCGCGCUAUGCCUUACGAAGCCACUGUGGCUGGUCAGGUUCCUCGUGGCGUGCAUCCGAGACGCAAAACCAACGAGACCCCACCGCCAGCAUAUGACGACAAGGAUGACCCAAGGUACAAGAGCAACGAUACUCCAUCGCCGCCUUUCCAAGGCCACGGGAAGGACUUCUCCGGCCAUUUGCCUCAUCCCCAGUCGUCCGUGUCUAUCUCAGCCCCCAAGAACCUUACCGUCAUCCAAGACGCUAGCCACUGGGGCAACAAGCAGACAACUCUCGCGCCGGUCGAUGACAGGAAGACUCAAAGGAAGCGCAGUUUCUUCGGGUUUGGCAGCAAGCCAAGACCUUCGUCGGAAUCACAAGACCACAUCGAGACGUCCAACUUGUCACAGUUAUCUUACGAACAGCAUGGCCCUAUCCGCGCGGUCUUCGGAGCACCAUUGGCAGAAGCUGUUAAAUACAGUCACCCUGCCGACGUGAGUGUUGAGCUUCCCGCUGUUGUCUACCGCUGCGUCGAGUACCUCGACAACAAGAACGCGUCUACGGAAGAGGGUAUCUUCAGGCUGAGUGGAUCCAAUGUUGUGAUUAAGGUGCUUCGCGAACGCUUCAAUACCGAGGGCGAUGUCAACUUGAUCACAGAUGAGCAGUAUUACGACAUCCAUGCUGUUGCAUCUUUGUUGAAGCUGUACCUCCGUGAGCUGCCAACAACGAUACUCACAAGAGAACUCCAUCUGGAUUUCCUGUCUGUCACGGAGAUCCCCGAUGUCAAUGACAAGGUGUCAGCUUUGAAUGGACUCGUCCACAAGCUCCCCAAGGCCAAUAAUACGCUUCUGCGCUAUCUGUCCGCCUUCCUCAUCAGCAUCAUCAACAACUCCGAUGUCAACAAGAUGACAGUCCGCAACGUGGGGAUCGUAUUCUCUCCUACGCUGAAUAUCCCAGCCCCAGUGUUGGCUCUCUUCCUUCAGAAAUACGACGGCAUCUUCGAGUCCGAACCUCAGCAAUUCGACCAGAACCAAGUUGAGGUCACCUUAAGGGCGCCGCCAUUGACUCCGGAAGACAUCCGCUCUCCGAGAAAGCAACACUUCCAGGACCUUCCAACCCCAUCCUAUAAUCAGGCAGCGUUCCCCCGCGGGCCGCCUCCAUCCUUCCCUCUCCCCGCCCAGCCCAACAAAACGGCUUACGACACCGGCUUCACUCCUCUCCAGCCGUCAUACGAAAGUCAGUACUCUCAGCCUACGCUAGGAGGUCCCGAAUAUGGGUCUACAGGGCAGACAGUCAGAGGGCCAGCAUACGACCAAUACAGCAAUGGGAAUGCGGCAUAUAGCAGGCAAUACGGCAACGAGAGCAACCUCAACCCCAACGGCCAAUCCUCGAAGCAGAAGCGGAGAGAGAGCUCGCUGCUCGGCAUGAACAUGGGCCAGAAGAAGCCCAACGAGGACAGACUUCGCAACAACCGCUUGGUAGACGAAGAAUCAUUCUUCGAUUAAUCCACCACUACUACCACGACACAGAAAUCGUCAUCGGUUGACUAGCUGGCUAUGGCGCCACGGACUGGUUCCGUGGGCCCAGCUGGCAUACCGCCGCCUCUUUCUAAUGAAUGACCAACACGAGAUCGGAAAACACGCACGCGUUAUAAUCUAUUAAUAAUAGCGGGAAACGUUCUAUAUACGAAAGUCGGACACACAAACACACAUGUACAUUAAUCUGGCCCCCCCACCUAUCCCGUCGCCAAAACCGCGGCGCGCCCGCGAGCGCCGCUUGGUUGGCCGGAUUUUUUUACCUUUUAUGAGCUUAUACCCUGUUAUGCCAUUUGUUUAUUUAUUUGUUUUGGGAUUUUUUUUUUUGCCAGUUAUGAGAUUUAUGGAUGAGCAGAUUGAAGGAGGUAGGGAGUGAAUUAGGGGUUUUUGCGUGCGGGUUUGAUAGUUGUUUUCUAUGAUGAACGGAUUGUGAUGAUGAAUGAGAAUGGAAUAGGGUGUUUGUAAAUUAGUUGUUGGGGUUGAUGAAUAAAUGGACAUUUAAAGAUUGAAACCUGCACUCACCACCAUAUCGAGUCCCUUAUCAAAAAGAAAUAAGAAGCCCAAACAAGCCUUCCAGCGCCAAAUUAGUUGCUAUUUCCGUCUAGG